UGAUUGACUGACAUCAAAAAUUUCACUUGAUUCCGCUGGAUAAGCUUGAAAAAAAGUUUUUUUUUUUUUUCAUGUUUUUAUUAUUUAUAAUAAUAGUUAGUUGUGUUAAUUGCUAUUCUUAUCCAUGUUUGUUAUUAAACGCCGAUUUUCCACAUUUCUGAGUGAAAGAAAUAAAGUAUUUCAAAAUGCUUGCAGAGUAUUUGCUGAAAAAGAGUUAAAACCGGUGGCAGAUUUACACGAUAAAUUAUCAAAGUUUCCCAAUGAACAAAUUGGAAAGUUGACUGAACUGGGUUUAAUGGGCGCUUGUAUUGAUCAAAAGUACGGUGGUAAAGGAUAUGAUUUGUUAUCAUUUACACUGGCUAUAGAAGAGCUAUCGAGAUGUUGCGCAAGCACAGGAAUAAUUGCUUCAAUCCACAAUUGCCUUUAUGCUAAUUUAAUUCAAACAUAUGGAACACCUGACCAAAUUAACGAAUUCCUAAUUCCAUUUACAAAAGGAAAAAUCGGAGUUUUUGCGCUAAGCGAACACGAUGCUGGUUCAGAUGUGGCAAAUUUAUCAACAACAGCGACUGAAUGUGAAAAUGGCUACAAAUUAAAUGGUCACAAAGCAUGGGUAACUUCGGCGAUUGAAGGCAAAGCCGGCGUAUUUUUUGCAUACACGGACAAAAGUAAAGGGCACAAUGGCAUUACUGCCUUUAUCAUUCCUUUGGAUACAGCCGGUGUUCAAUUAGGUCCUCGGAACGAAAAAUUAGGUAUUCGGGCCGCAUCGACUUGCGAUAUUUGCCUAAAUGAUGUGAAAGUAUCACAUUCGAAUGUAAUAGGUGCUAUUGGAAAUGGUUUUAAAAUCGCGAUGGAGCAAUUACAACUGGGAAGAAUUGGGGUGGCUGCCCAAGCAAUUGGUAUUGGGCAGGCUGCUUUUGAUCUAGCGAUAAAGUAUUCAUAUGACCGGAAAGUUUUCGGCGAAAAACUAUGCGAUAAACAACUGGUCAAGAGUAAACUGGCGAAAAUGGCGAUUGAUUUAGAAUCAGCACGUUUAUUGUUGUGGAAAGCCGCAAUGUUACGAGAUAGUAACGAAGAUUUUCGAAAAUUGAGUUCUAUGGCAAAGUUUGCGGCAAGUUGUUGUGCAAGCAGCAACGCAAAUUUAUGUGUUCAAAUACUUGGUGCAAAAGGAUAUAUGAGUGGUGAAGCUGAAAGACUAUAUCGAGAUUCCCGGAUAACAAAAAUUUAUGGUGGCGCAAGUGAUAUACAAAUGUUAGUAAUUGCAGAUCUUCUUCUAAAGGAAACGAAGUCUGAAUGAAUGGACAUGAAACAAAUUUCUAUGGUGAUGGUAUUGUAUUAUUCAUUGAUGUCUUGCAAGAAAUAAACGAUUGUAUUUUAUUUCAAUUUUUUCUAAUAAAAAAGAAAACUAAACUUUCGGUGUUAA